UCUCGCAACAUCAGUAUUUACUAUUUACAUGACGAGAGGGAGGGAGCUAUUUCCUCCAAGAACUCUCUCUGGGUGCUGCUGCCGACCCUGUGUGUGCCCUGGGACGUGGUGGCGGUCCUGUGCAAGGUGUUGGUGCCGUGAGGGAGGCGAGACAAGGCCCAGGCAGCAUAUCCAAGGUUUGGUCCCACCUGCAUCAUGUUGGGAAGGACGCUGACCAUCAGAGGUGUUGCAGCGACUUUGUUACAAGCUCACACACCACCAAGCAAUGCAGGAAGCCAGCAUUCCUUACUCCUGGCCUGGCAGACCCUUAGGAAGGCACCAUGUACUUCAUCCACAUUACCUCAAGUUGGCACCAUAGCACACAUCCACUCAAGCACCUCCUUCCUCAUAAACAAUGGUGUGCAAAGUGAGACUCUAAGCCACUCAAGGAGACUUCAAUGCCACUUACAGACUUUACAGACACCUUUCCAUCACUUGCAAACUUAUUCCACGUCCUCCCUGCCCCUUAUAGCCACUCGAGGCCUAGCAACUCUAAGCAGUAUAUCUCCAAGCAAAAGUAAUGUACAUAACCGAAGCUUACCUGACUGGUCCCCAAGAGGUGUGGUUGUGGCUGGGGGUGUGGCUGUAGGGGUGAAGGGUAUGGCCAAGGACAAGGGUGGGUUUAAUAACCUGCAUGGCCGCAUCUCAUCUCUCCAACUCAAGAAGAGGAUGCAGAGGAAGAAAAAGAAGAUACAGGAGGAGUCCGAGGAGGAAGGGGAGGAGGUGCCAGGCUUCGCUCCAUUUACCAGACACAAAUUCCUCACCUUUGACCCGGACUUUACCCUCCCCGAGAUGCACGAUUUCAAGCCACCACUACGUGAGUGGCAGGUCACAGCCUAUGCCACAGCUGAUGAGUAUGACCUAGAGAGGCUGCUGAAUGGGCUUACUCAGCAGGGCCUCUACAGUGCUGCCUCCCUCACCUCUGCUGCAUCCCCUGGCACCUCUACACCACCACAACCAUCUUUAUUACACCCCUACAGCCCCUCAUCAUCAUCAUCAUCCUCCCCUGAGACCAAUCUUGAUCCUCAGUUUCUGCCAGACCCCAGCGAGGUGCUCCACGUCAGAGCCACUUACCGCCUGGAAUCUGAGCCUCGGGAGAUUUACUUCUUUCGGUCGGGUGCAGUGGUGUUCUGGAAUGUUGCUGAGCUGGAACGUAACAGUGUCCUUCGGUUCCUGAGGACAUACCAGGAGGGUGGCCAUGACAAGAGGACAGUGGUGGAGGAGAGUGAGAGUUUGACCUACACCUACAGUGACACCCCGGCCCGCACAAAGCUGGUGCGCGACACAAUCUUCCUGAACCCAGAGGGGCCAAUGGACCUAGAGAAGUACACUUUCAGCAAUGCCUUGGCAAUCUCAGUGCAGCUGGGCAUCUGGGAGGCAGCGCUUGAUGAGUACAUCGACAAUAUUGAAUAUGUUUCAGAAGAGCUGAGCAAGACCGGCUUGGUGGUGCUGAGUGAACACCAGGUGCUGCAGAGGAUGGGUCAGCUUUUUGCCCUCAGACACCUGGUUAACCUUAGCUCAGACCUGCUUGACGUGCCAGACUUUUACUGGGAACAUGAGAACCUGGAACAGCUCUACAGGAAGACUUCUGAGUACCUCAGUGUGUCCAAGCGCACAUCUGUGAUGAAUGUGAAGCUGAGUCACUGUGUGGAGCUGAUGGAGCUGCUCAAGAGUCACCUCAAUGAGCGCCACUCUUCCCGCCUGGAGUGGAUCAUUAUCAUCCUCAUCAUGGUAGAGGUGGGCUUUGAGCUCCUCCACUUCCUGGAGCGACUCCUGUGAGAGGGAGAAGAGGAGGAUGGUGGAGAGAGAAAGGGAGACAACUGUAAAGAAGAUGGGCAGGGUUGUGAUGUGGAAAAAUGUCACUUAAAAGCAUUUGCCAAACUUGUCAUUCAGGUUUUAGGGGAAGAAAACAUUUGCAUAAAUUCAGCAUUUAUUAUGAAAUUAAUUAAGAAGUUUAACCUCAAGAGUAACCUGGAAGACAACUUUCCCAAUCAUAGGCUGUAUUAUACACUAUAUAAACAUUAUAAUCUUUUACCAUAAUUAUAUAUAGAUUCGUGUAAAACAACCACUUUUAGAUAUAUAUAGAAAUGUUUAAAGUUUCUUAACAGCCCAGAAGGCUCAAAGCGAGGAAGCUAUUUAUAUGUACAGUGUUGCUGAGGGCUCGCAGGCCGGGGCGGUUGGGGAACCAAGGCGUGGGAGCACCAUGUGGCGUCUGGUGAUGGUCUGAGUGAAGAAAGAUGUUGGUGAUGGUGGUAGCAGCACUGUUGAGUAUGCAGUGAGGAAAAGGUGAUGGUGGUGGCAGCACUGAUUGUGUAGCAAGGGAAGAGGUGAUAGGGGUAGCAGUGGUGAUAAGUGCAUAAAGCAAAAGCAGACAAGGAAUAUAAUGGAAUGAAGAAGUACACUAGAGUAAGUACUUAAGAGGGAAAGAGAAGUAUAAUGCCUGUAUUCUCUGUACACUUAACUGACCCAGAGGGCAAGCCCUUUACACUGAGGAGGCUCCGCCCCCUUCAACGUGAUUGGCUGAAGGUUACGAUUGGGGGUAGAUGAAUGUUAUAUGAAAUGUUGUAACAUUGUGUGAUAUGUAUGAAAAUACGUACUAAUUAUUCUAAUAAAGUAAUUAACAAUACUGCAUCUACCAUUAAUUAGGAUACAUUAAGAAAUAUCAUUUAGGGUGAGGCAAGUAUCACUGUUCCUUUAGCCUAGCCUACUAUGUGCUUUGCACGAAGUAGACUUGGCUAAAAGAACAGUGAUGCAUUCCUCUAACUAAAUGAGAGCAUAUGCCUGGGGGUGCAUCACUUCACUCACUGUCCCGUACUCCUAUGCAGCUGCCCUGUCCAUCCCACCCAUGCAUGCCUUGCUGUAUGCAAUGUUCUAUUUCUUAGUGUAUCCCAAUUAAUGCUAGGUGCAGCAUUGUCAAUUACUUGCUGAUAAUAAUUAGUACUUACUUUUGUGUAUCACACUGAAUAAUUCUGAUGAUAUGAUAUUUAAUGUAACAUCCAUCUACUCCUAGUCAUAACCUUCUGUCAUUCAGGUUGAAGGGGGUGGGGCCUCUGGGUCAGUUGAGCACAUGGAGACUAGUUCAUAUUGGGAAGAAGUUUGGAAUAACAAAUUUCUGGUCUUUUAGAUAUCUUUUCUGUUAGGUUUCUUUUACUUUUGAACACUCAACAGUUAUUUUACUCUUGGACACUGAACAGUUAAAGUUACUAUAAAGUGAGUCCAUAUUUUAUAGUUUUUCGGCAAUAACUUUUGAACACUCAACAGUUAUUUUACUCUUGGACACUGAACAGUUAAAGUUACUAUAAAAGUGAGUCCAUAUUUUAUAGUUUUUCGGCAAUAACUUUUGAACUGUUCAAAAGUGUUGGAUAAGGAUGAUAAUUUGGCUAAGCACAUUUCAGACCUUGCCCCAUUUUCAUCACUAGGAUUUCUUAGCACAAUAUGGAUACUUACGGCACUUAGAGGAGUAGCAUAAUGAUAAAACUCAGCAAAUGGAGUACUUCCUGUAGCAAGGCUAGUAAAUGUUGCCAAGGAGACGGUGUUGUGCAUCUACAUGGGUGGUGCACGAUUCAUUCACUUUGUGGUAGCACCAAGCCCAGUGCCUUGCCACAUCAGUUUUAUCUUUUAAUCUUAUUAUUUUCUCAUUUCCAUUACCAAAACAGUAAAGGGAACCUUGAUUUACCUCUCCAGGCACUGAAUCAGCCUGCCCUCCAAGGGCCCCCCACACCUCUCCUGCUGUGUUCACAGUUGGAGAGCUUGGGCAUUCAGGCUGGAAACAGUAUAAUAUGUUGGGCUUUCAGCACAGGCACACACUGCUGUCUCCACAGCAAUGUUUGCUAGCCUUACAAAAGGAAGUACUUCAUCUGUUGAGUUUUAUCAUUACGUUAAUCUUAUGAGUACCUUAAUCAUUGACAUAUUGCUAAUAUAUAAUAGUGACAAAAAUAGGGCAAGGUCUGAAAUAUACUUUGCCAAAUUAUCCUUAUCUGAUGCUUUCUUAAAACGUUAUUCCAAAAAACUUUAUAACAAGGCCUCUGAAACCCAUAAUAAUAACAAGAAAUACAAACAGAUGCUUGCCUUCUAUCACUUUGCUCUAGAGGUAAAGAUCAGGAAUGGACUCCUGAUAUGCAGAGUGAUAAAAGUAAAGCAUUUGUUUUUACAGUUGUGUCUAAAACAAGA